AUGGACACUACGGAACAGUUAAAGCCGGAGGAGGAGGAGCAGCAGCAGAUGGAUAUCAUGACCGUCAUGAUGCAGCACCUCCCUCAAUUCUCUGAACCCUACAGUGAAACUAACACCAUGGAAGGAUUUCACCCCCCAGAGGAGUUCUACGGUAACGACAACAAUAUACGCAGUGGUAGCACUAUGCCAUUAGCAGAUUUACUUGAUAAUAGCCCUCCUAGCCCCAUACCUUGGUCCUCUUACUCAUUCGCGCACUUAUUACCGUCAUCCACAUCCACCACUACAAUCUCUUUCUCGAAUAACAACAACAACCCUACCCCAAUAAUGCUUCAACAAACCCCAACCGAGGGUGCAACUGCAACUGCAACUGCAAAUGUAAACCCUUACGGUGAGAAGCGGAACUCCAUGGCGGCGAUGAGGGAGAUGAUAUUCAGGAUGGCGGCGAUGCAGCCGAUACACAUAGACCCGGAGUCGGUGAAGCCGCCGAAGCGGAGGAACGUGAAGAUUUCGAAGGACCCUCAGAGCGUGGCGGCGCGCCACCGCAGAGAGAGGAUCAGCGAGAGGAUAAGGAUACUGCAGAGACUGGUCCCUGGAGGGACCAAGAUGGACACUGCGUCCAUGUUGGAUGAGGCCAUUCACUACGUCAAGUUUCUCAAAACGCAGGUUCAGUCACUGGAACGCGCUUCCGCUAACAAUAUUAGGCCACUUGUCGGUGUUAGCGCACCAGGGAUAGGGUUCCCAGUUGCUAUGUCUGGUCCUAGUAGGACUGCUUCCACUUCCAGUUCCAAUUCCACACCUUAUCUUCCUCUGCCUAAUAGAUAUGAUUAA